AUGCAAUCAUUGGCAAAGGACAGAAAGCUACAACAUUUUGGGAGCAAAUCCAUGAAACCCUUUUGGAUCUCAUCAACAAUGGGAAAACUCGCAAAGACAUUCUUACUGAGGCCAAGGAGCUAUACAAGGCCACCUUUGGGUCCAGCUUCAAUCUUGAAUCUUGAUCACUGCUGGGGAAUCUUGAAGGAUGCCCCCAAAUGGCAGGCCACACAGCAAGAAAGUGAAUCUUCAUGGAAGAAGGCCAAGGAUGUAGCUUUGACCGCUUCAGCACCCUCCUCCAAUCCACCUGCCGUUUCAAGCCCUGCGGUCAUCGAAGUAGAGGAUGAAGAGUCUGAAAACAGUCAGUUGGCGCUGGGAAAUGUUUGUAUUGAAGGUCAGAGAGCGGCAAAAUGUAAACAAGCGGAGGAGUGUGCGUUUGAGAAGAUUGUCAGCAUGCAAAAAGAACUGGUCCAGAUCUUGUGUAGGGUUCUGACCCGGUGCCUUGGAGCCGGAUUCUGUGCAUCCCAAACCCUGACCCCACGGAUAUCCGGCACCUAG